ACCCCCUCCCCAUGUCAGGCUGCUUCUCUUAACCAAUUGCUGUUGCUCAGUCUCUAAAGGGAAAGUGAAACUGCCAGAAUUUUCUCUUUAUCCUGGAACCCGAGCGGAAAAAGCAACAGCAGGGCGGCUAAAGAACAAUGGCUGGGCUCAAAAAAAUUCCCAUCUUUACAUUUAUGGCUAUUUUAGCAACUCUUCAGCCUUCAUUUGCACAGUGGUUUAAGGUUAUUGCCUCUCACACACCAGUUAUUGCCCCUGUGGGCAGUGAUGCAGAUCUGGGCUGUUACCUGGUACCUGCAGGCAGCGCUGAGAGUAUGACAAUCAAGUUCCAUCGGGGAGACCCAAACUCCUAUGUUUACGUGUAUAACAAGAGACUGGAUGACACUGGUAAUCAGGACGAAGAGUAUAAGGGGAGGACGGAGUUUCUGACAGAGAAUAUCGGACAAGGACAAGUCACUGUGAGAAUAAAGAAUUUUCAGCCGUCGGAUAUAGCAUUCUACACCUGUAUAUUUGCUUCUGAUGAUCACGUGGACUUUGCAACACUGGAGCUAAAGGAGGCUCCACCAGCAGAUUCCUUGACUGGUGGGCAGAUUGUAGGAAUAGUCGCUGGGAGCAUUGCUGCUGCUGUUGCUGCUGCUGCUGUUGCCUUGGGUUGGUGCCACUUUAAGAACAGAAGAAGAGAUAAGGAACUAGCUCAACUGAGAACAGAACUAAAAAACGACUUAAAACGAGAAAGAAUGAAAGAACUAAUACGAGAUGCUGGCUACCCGUGCGGUCGGUGGCUCAUCACACCGAUUCACAGGCCGCGUUCACUGGCGGAUCGUGCUUUUAACCAAGCACAUGUGAGAGCGCGGUCUGUGAUUGAGCGGACAUUUGGGGUCCUAAAAAGCUGGUUCCGCUGCCUGGAUAAGUCAGGAGGCAGCCUAAUGUACAGCCCCACCAAAGUUGCCAACUUUGUCGGUGCUUGUGCUGUACUGCACAAUCUGGCGAACCGGCACGGCUUACCAGGCGAUGUGGCCGAUGACCUGGAGGACCCCAUCCAUCCACCAGAUCCUGUCCAAAGUGCGGAUGCCCGAGGGAGUCAAGUCCGGGGACAAAUCAUUUACUUCAAUUACUUUGCCUGAUGGCCCUGUGGGGAGUGGGUCCCAGACGAGGAGCGUCCACCUUUGGAAAAAAAGAAGAAAAAAGUUUAUUUAAUUUUUUGUUAUCUUCAUGAUGCAAAACA